ACCAGAAGUCGUGCCACUGUCAAUGAUAUAACUCGACAAUACUAUAGUUGAUUCAGCUCUUAUGGGAAAUCUUGAUAAUAAGCGGACAGGGCGCAAUCGCAGGCGUAAACGUAACGUAAACACGACCGCGCACGAACACCAAUACAAAUUGCACACCGGCCUAUCCUUCUUGUACGGCACCCCUACUUUAGUGGGCACGAACGAAGAUGGUUCGACUCCAUCCAGCGAUGGGAUAGUACUUCGAAGAUAUAGACAGUGUGAAUCUAAACGGUUUUGCACAGCACGUCACUAUGAUGACCACGAUCAGGGUCUCGUUUCGACCGUGGAAGGGACGAUAGGGCCCAAUUCUCUGGAUGCGACAAGUUCAAAAACCGUGUCUAACAACGUACUCUCGGCAUGCGGCCGUGCCCACGGUGUAUCUAGAAAUCACGAUAGCAAACUGGCUGCAUUGGUGGGUGUUAAAGUUUGUAGCACAAGGCAGCAAGUUGCUGCAACAAAGGUUCGUGUACCGAUAUCUAAUAGUCAACUUACUGCAGAUACUAUACCUACGACAAGAGCAGGUGGUGACACACCCCAGCAAACUGAUGUUCCGGAAGUACAUGCGCCAAAACACAAUGACCAGCUUACGGUUGUUGAUGCUACUUCUGAGGCGUAUGUAGGUGUCAAGAAUGUGAGGGAAAGUUCACCUCCAAAAGAGUCUGUAUCCAAUUGUCAUGGUGAGAUCGUUAAGGAGGUCACGCUGGCAGGACGCGGAUCGAUCAGAGAUCCAAUUCCCGUACCAUCCAGUGCAUCGAUAUCCUCCGAAACCCCCUCGCAUACCCAUGAGAAAGUUAGUUUAGAUGAUUUUCCACAUGGUAGUACAGAUUUUAUUACAUCGCCUCCCGGUGUGCCGAAGAAACCUCCGGUAGUCACCAAUAGAGUUGAUGAAUCGGAGAGUGCAGAACUUUCUGCGUUGCUGAGAAAUGCUGCAGACUAUUAUGAUACCCAGCAUAAAACAUCAAUAUUGCAAUCAAAUUACGACCAAUCUUUGGAGACCGACAACUGUAUAGUGCCGAAGGUGGCAAUAGAUUUGCAUACGAUUCUGCCCGACCUGAUAUCCUCGAAACUCGUGGCGUCGCUUAAUCCCGCAAUAUUUUCUAAAUUGCGGACUCAAUCGCCUGUGGAAAUUGGUGCCUCCUGUUCAAAACCAGCCAUCUUGCUACACUUGUAUGGCCAAUUUAAGCUUGGUAGUGAAGAGAUUGUAGUGGAUAAUAUCGAGCCAGCCGCUGUGUUCUGCCUUGACACCGGAAAGGUUCUUCCCUUUUUGAAGACAGACCAAUCCGUACCAUUUAAUAAGCAAACGGUGCAACAGUACAUGCUCCAGAGCAAAUCGGAGGACUGGAACAGUCUACGCUCUUUUCUGAUACAUUCACCACUGGCUUCAGCGCAAGCAAGCCAUAUCACUUUCAGUGGGGAAAAAAUGGCGGGUGAUGCAUCUGCACACGCCGACAACGUGCUUGUUGGUUGGGGUGCCGUGAACGCAGGGUUGGGCAUAGGAAUCGACUAUAUUGCGCUACAAUUACAGUCACAUGGUCGAAGCAAAGAUAACUCUUUGCCUCAGCCAACUGACGUGCAAACACCAUCGCGUGCGGAUGUAAAAACGAAUGCAGGUGCGAGUUGUGAUACCAGCACAUGGUCCUGGCGAAGCUUAUGCCUGGUGGUGGAUUCGAUUGCUAUCCCACACUGGUUGGAAUUCAAUUACACUGCGCCUGCGGUAGACCUAUACCACGUCAAUUUGGGCACGAGUGCCUGCUCGAAUCUGGAUUUCUCAAUUCAUGAUCAAACUGGAAAAUAAAGC